GAAUGGCCCCUGCCCUCACCCUCAAAGAAUCUAAAUGCAGGUGUCCUCCAUUAAUGACUCUUUAAAACCACCCCUAACUCUCCCUAUUUAACCAUCAUCUUCUCAAAUGCACCUUACUUUUCCAUUUCCUGUGUUAAAUCAGCUGAUCUGAAAAUGAGCAAAUCACCUCUGGAAAUUGAUCUCAAAGGAAAAGUGAAAGUGAAAGAAGAACCAGUUAUGUACUCGAAUCAAGUGCGCAUGCCUAGGUUUGGUGCUCAAAACAAAUCAAAAUUUAUAAUCAAGACUGAGAAUAUGGAAGAACAAAAGCCCUCCGGUGUUGUUGAUACAAUGUAUGUUGUAAUGAAAGAAGAUUCCAAGUAUCAGCGUAAUUGGGUUUUUGAUGGAAGAUCAAAGAUUGGAGCUGCGGUUGCUAAAACAUUCAAUGGGAGGACAUACAUGGGACAUGUUAUAAAUUAUCAAGCUGCUAAGUUCAGGGUGCUGUAUGAAAACAGUUGCUUCGAGAAUAUUACUAGAGCUGAACUGGAAGAAAUUGAAAUCCCUCCUCAUAUGGUUAAAGCCUAUUAUGUUGAGUUAGAAGAAAGAAGGGUUGCUGCAAAGAGAGAACAAACCUCUAUGGAAAAUGGACCUUCUGGUUCUGGAAGCCAGGAGCCAAAGACUAAGAAACCCAAGAAAAACAAGAAUCCAACUAACUUUGUCGCUCUGUACAACGAGAAAAAGAGGGAUGCCUAUUAUUGGUACUAAUAGGUUCCUGCAUGGAAACAGAAGAACCCUAAUAAGAGUGACAAUGGAAAAUUGAAUCCGAAAGCUUCAAAAUUAGUGUUAUUGGAAUUCAAUUCAAUAUAAACAUUAUAUCUCUCAUAAUUAUACCAACUGCUUUGGUCAAUUACUCCCUUUACUUUUGCCUUGCUGGGGGCUUUAAUUAUGAAUGUAAUAAUCCCAUGAUGAACUUGUCCAGUUAUGAUAUGUUUUUUGUUUUAAUUCAUGGGGAUUGUGCUUUUAUAACUUGAAUGCUAUUAUAUAUGUUGUUA